AUGAAAUUCGGCCCAAAGCACUUGCUCAGCUUCGGGAAGGCGUUCACCAUCGCUCACUGUGCUCUCGUUCUCUUUGGGGCUCCGUUUUUUGAAGAAAUCCUCCUCACCACUCUCCUUUCUCUUCUCAUCAGUUGCCUCAUCUUCUGGCCUGUAGUCGUCGCUUUCGACGUCGCGGAUCUACAAGAGAUUGCUGUGAUCUUGCUCAAUCGUGAUUGGCUCACGAAACCCCAGGAAAAAGCUAUCUAUACCGCUUACGGGACGGUGAUCGGGGCUUGGAUUGGCGUUUUCCCGAUUCCACUCGAUUGGGACGUAUGGUACCAAGUCACGUUAUCCGAUUCCUAUCAUGAUGGGGGCGUUGAUAGGAUUUGCGAGCUCACUAAUCUUGUGCGGAAUCAAUCGGCAAAUCCACAAACAUUUAAAGCACUCCUAAGAAUGAAUGCUAUGCAUUCUUCAUCUAGUAGCUCAAAAUUGCAUCCAAACGAAUACAUCAUACCGCAGGUGCCAAAGAUUAAGGCGAUGUUCUUUUGCGAAUUCGAUCUCGACAAAGGACCGGUGAUUCGAGUCAACGUAGAAGAUGGAGAUUUUAAUUUGGACGAUGUGCUAGACAGUCGCCGUUUUGCCUCCUAUUCUUCGGCUUUAAUCCCUCGAGAUGAAUUAUUGAAUAAGCACGUGAAAAUCGGAAUCCACACAACGCGAAUGAAAUACAAAGUGAUGGGAUAUCCCGUUGGAUUACAGAAACCGGAAUGGUUUUCGCACGUGCCAAAAAGAACUGCCGAAACGUAUCGCCGUGAGAAAUAUCGUUUUUGUGUUUGUAUCAUUGUCCCACACGAGGCGUCACUCGACGAAAAUGAUUACGUUUACGAGCUAUUUGUCGAGAAAAUGACAAGCUAUCUCCUCAACGCCGAAAUCGAAGAGUAUUUCUUAUCGGAUCGUAAAGACAACAAUGUCAUACAUGAUUAUCUGCGUGUCACCCUUGAAUCGAUAAAUAGUACAGGCGAAGCUCAAUUUCAGCUGACAAAGAAAAACCGAUGCUAUUUGAAGAUUCUGCCACCGUAUCGGGGAAGAGAGCCACCAGAUGUUCUACCUCAUAUGGUGCCAAUUAUUAAAAAGGAUCUGAAGUUGACGCCAGAUCGAAUGUGCAAAAUGGAUGUUGUUUCGUAUAUGCUUGUGCCUAAAAUCAAUGGUAUUCGAUGUGUGAAAGAACUCGCGAUGUGCACCGGCUUGGACACUGAAUUGGUGACAAGAUGCAUAAAAGCUUUGUGUUACUUCGAUAUCCUUGCGCUUGCCCCCCUUUUUCUUUAUUCGAACAAUUAUGUGGCGACGGAGAAAUUACACGAUUUCUACAAUGAUGCAAACAUGAUUCAAGAAUGUCUCGAAUUCGUUCGUCGGCGUGUAAAACGCAAGAAAACGAAUGAAAUCAUCAUUUUGCAGCCACCAAAGUUCACUGAUGUUUUUCGACUUUAUUUGAAUUUGAAAAUUGGUCAACGCUUAUCGGAAUUCGUGAUCACGAAUGACCCAAAAAGUCUUUUUGUCGAUGUUCGACGUUUCAUUCAAUUCGGAAUGAUUCGGGGAUUUCUUCGGAAAUUAUCCAUUUACCCAAUUGUGAUCAAUUUUUGUACAAAGGGAAGUUUGUUGAGCAAAUUUGAUGGAACGCGUCCACUUGAAGAUCUCGCCGUCGAAUUUGCCAUUGAACCAAUGGAGCUUUAUAAUAAAUUGAAAGCCAGCGGAAAACUGACAUUUAUAACAAAA